UUUAUCUUAUUAUUAUAGAGAGAGAAAAUGACAGCUCCACUCAGCUGAUAGUAAAUAAAUAAAUCUAGGACAGUUAAAUACAGUUUGUAACUAAUUAGUAAUUACGCCCAUUCUUUAAUAAAAAAACAAUAAUCAAUAAUUAAAAUGGAAGAUAAUGAUGAAGUCAUUGAAGGUUUCAUCUGUCCAAUAUGCAUGACAGAUUUAAAAUCACCAGUUCAAUUGACUAAACAUUUUGAGGAAGUACACAAUGAUGAUCCAGAAAUAUUAAAAUCAUUAAAAGAUCUCUUUGGUAAAGCAAAGAAAAAAAUAACUAAUUUAAAAAAUGACGAAAUAAAUGAUAGCUCAAGUGAUCAAAACAAUUUAUCAAUAUCAAAUCGUAAUCAAUAUCCAGAAAUAAAUUGGGGACCACAAGAAAUUGGUGCAACAAAUAGUCAUACAAAUUAUUUUCGUGAAAUAAGAAACACAAGACUUGAACGUUAUUCAACAGAAACAAAUAAAUUGCUAAUACGUUUAGAUAAAUUAUUAAAUAAUUUACCAUCAGAUCCAAUUGACAGGAAGCUACAUGAACAAAAAAUAGUACCUUGGAUUGAUGAAAAAGAUGUUAAAUUAUGUCCAAGUUGUGCUAAAAGUUUUCAUGUUGCAAGAAGAAAACAUCAUUGUCGUUUAUGUGGUGCUAUUAUGUGUAAUGAUUGUACAAUGUUUUUAAGUAUAACAGAUUCACGUAAAAUGACAAAUCCAACAAGUGAAGAUGAUACAUCAUUAUUAACAACAACAAGGGAUUCAAAAUUAACAGCUAGUGGUGAGCAGCAUUUCCGGUUAUGUAUACAUUGUAAGGAUCUACUUGAUGCCAGAGAAAGAUUAAAAUUACGUCAAUUUACAAAACCAAUUGUUGGUAAAUUUUAUGAAACAAUGAGAACAUAUAUGGAAGAAGCAACAAGAUUUUUAACAAUGUACAUGAAAAUGUGGCAAUCAUUAAGUGAAGGAGAAACAACAUAUGAUUUACGUGAUGCACAAAUAUUACGUAUUAAAAUUGCUAAAAUUGGUGAAAAUAUUGAUAAUAUUAGUAAACGUAUACUUGCUAUUGGAACAAGUGAUAUUGAUAAUCCACCACAAGGACAAGUAUUGAGACUUCAUCAAAUGAUUAGAAGAUCUGCUGAAAUUUUUUGUAAAGAUAAUAUAUCAACAACUCCAUCAUUACCAAGUGAAAAUGAAUAUAUUUUACUUCAAAAAAAUAGAGAAAAAAAAAUUGAACAAAGAAUUGCAUAUGAAAGACAAUUAGAAAUUGAAGAAGCUAUUAAAGAACGUAAACGUGAUCAAAAAAUUGAUAAUAAUAAAAAUAUUAAUGCUGCUGGACAAUCAUCAAAAAAUAAUGAGCCUGCUGUUGAAAAAAAUGAAGGUUGGGGACCUUCAAAUGCAGCUGUUAUUGUAUCAACAACAUCAAUGGAUCCAAUAAUUGAACAAAUGAAUAAUUUACGUUCAUAUAUUAAACAAGCAAGAUCAGAAUUUAAAUAUGAUGAAGUUGCAACACUUGAAAAUAAUUUACGUGAAUUACAAAGUGCAUAUUUUUUAAUGAAACAAAAUGAUGAAUAAAUUUAUAAUCAUUUAUUAUCAACAUUCCAAAUAGCUUUUUCUUUUUUUGUUUACAUCAAAUUUCAACUAAGCUUAGCCAAAAAAAAAAUAUAAAUAUAUUAUAAUUAUUUGCUACAAAUGUUUUUUUAUAUAAAAGAAAAAAGAUGUCUAUUAUUUAUGAUUAUUUAAAAAUAUAAUUAAAUAAACAAUUUUAUAAAAAUUA